CGGACAAGGUUAUUUUCUCGUAGCAGAAAAGCUCUUGUCGUGUGUGUGGAUGUGCAUGGAUUUACUUCCGCCUGAGUCCCAGCGGAAUUCAUCGCAUCUGGAUCCAAAACAACUGCAGACGGAGGAUGCGACUGAGGCUGGAUGCUAGGAUCCAUGUGGGCCUGUGACGUGUGCGCUCCCCUCUGUGGCUACCUUCUUCCCCCAUAAGGAUGGCUCCGGCGGCACUGACCCAGAUUGUGGAGUCCUGGCUCUUGGCUGUCCACUGCUCCUCCGGUGGUCUGUGAUUGUGAUGCGCACGAGGAAUGCUCUACACCUCGGCAGACACCGCUCAGCCCGCUGCCUCUGCUGACAUCUGUCUCCGUGGAUACACACAGCCGCUGGUAGGCUACACCACCACGACUGAUCCAUAAUAAUAAUCCCCAACUGAAGAACAAACAACAUCUGGGCGUGGAGAGAAGGGAGAGGGCGAAGUCUCAGCAGGGUGGGCGGCAGAUGGUGACACUGCAGCAGCACUUCUCCAGCAUGGAGGAGACGGUGCGAACGUUACUACAGAACAAGGACUCUCUGGAGGGGCCCAAGGUGGAUCCACUGGACCUCAUGAAAGCAUACAAGGACAAACUCCUGGAGGAAAUGUGGAAGCAGCAGGACAGUCUGGAGGGUCCCACAGCCACAGCGGCAUCAGCAGAGAUGCCUGGCUCGCCUGAGGCUGGCGGAGGGGCGGAGGAAAAUUCAAAGGACAGCAAUCCCCUGCUCGAGCGACUCAGAGCCCUGGAGGCGGAGAACUCUGCUCUGUCAAUGGAAAAUGACAAUCAGAGGAAGCAGUAUGAACGCUGUCUGGAUGAGGUGGCUAACCAGGUGGUCCAGGCCCUCCUCACACAGAAGGACUUGAAAGAGGAAUGUGUGAAGCUGCGGACCCGUGUGUUUGACUUGGAGCAGCAAAACCGCAUACUGAGUGUGCUGUUUCAACAACGUGUCAAAAUGUCCACGAUUCCUGUCUCCCAGGAGAUCCAAAGGAACGGAAAAGCCAGCAUUCCUGCAGGAAGAUGGCCCAGCCUGCUUAGUCUAACGUGCCCACGCAGUAGUGGCAGCGGCAGCAGCAGUGAACUGUCACUAUCCAGUGCUUGUAGUGAGUACUCCAGUGGCUCCCACACUUGGGCAGAGGGUCGUGGAUUCUCCAAGCAGUGUGCUGCAAGCCGGGACAAAAGGAUGAGCACAGGUUCAGUAUCAAGUAAUCACUCCGCACAGAUCGAGCCGACAGAACUGGGAUGGAAGGAAGGCCACAUUCUGAAAGGUCUGAAGCGCCUCCAAAUGUGCAGCUCCAAGGAGGCAUCCUCACUUGCAUCUGUGCCACACUGCAAAGAUUGUAUGACCUCCAACGAGGGCAUAUACUCACUUGGUGUCAAGGGUAUCCAACAAGGGAGUACAGCCAAGCAAGUAGCUCCUACAAGUAAACCUUUUAAGGCUGGAGCAGGGAUUGCUGCCCCAGACUCUGAUGAUGCAGAUGACGAGUCAACUAAACUGCAAAAUAGGAAAUCCAGUGACCAACCAACAAAAGAGCUUGUUUGCUUGGAAAAACUGGAUGUUACAAGAGAUGAUGACAACAAUUUUAAAGAAGACCCUGUCAAAAUUGCAGGGGAUUCUGGUCUUUUUCCCUCACCUGUUACAGACAACUUCUUAUUUUUAGAGGGCCCAACCGUGAAACCUGGGGUAAGCCCAACAGAUAGCCUUACACAACUGGACGAACAAAACAAAGAUUCUUUAGAAAAAAGAAAGCCUUCAGGCUUAAAGUUAAGUGACAGAAACAAUAACCAGGAAAGGUCUACUGACCGUAAAUCCAGACUUGAUCAUGUCAAAAGACAACAGAGCAGACUUAAGCAAGUCGAAGCAGGGACAAGUGAUGUGAGCUCCUCUACUCAGCAUUCUACAAGAGUUCUGAGCUGUGUGAGUGUAGCCAGACAGCGCAGCUCCUCAAUGGAGGUUCCCCACUGCAGAGACCAAGCGAGUCAAGCUAGCAGUGAAAGCCACGACUACAGCAUCUCAGAAUCUCCACAGAGAAAACCCAAACCUCAGCUUUGCGACUCAGCAAGAAAGGCUUUCAUUCUGCGGAGCAAGAGUGCAGAUGGAGGGAAGGAACAAGCGAAGCAUACACACUCUCCUCUCCACCAAAAGCUCAUUAAGGGUCACAGGUCCAAAGGACAAUCAAACCCUCCAGGACAUAGUGUUACCAACAAAAGGCCAAAUCUCAGUAAAACACAAUGUUCAAACAAGGGAUCAUUAUCUAAUGUUGAGAAAGAUGAGGACAUUGUGGUAUCGACAAGUUCCAAGUCUCUCAAGAGUGUGCGCUCUCCCCUUGCUUCCCCUGUAAAACAUUCAAAGACAUUUAAGCCUCCAGGGAUCAAUGAAUGCUCUAAGAGCCCAACAAAAUCACCAUUGCAGAUCCCUCGACUUCAAUCAAGCAAUGAGUCUUUGGAAGAGAGCAUCUAUGACAACUUACCCUGCUCUCCGCGAAAACAACGACGCCAAGACCAGCACUGUGAUGGUUCCCAUUCAGAACAUAGAUCUCCGUCCCCACCACCACCACCAGGUCGAACUACUUCUCUUGUCCUUAGGCCCAGUUGUGACAGCUUACCCAAAGCACACAAAUCUGCAGGUCUGGCUCAAAGCUCUACUACUGGGAAGACAACAUCGACCCCCACCAAGCCACAAUCAAAUCUUUCCUCUUUUUUACAGUCUCAACAAUCCAACCCAACAAAGGACAAUUCUAAUACAGCCUCUCAAGUGGAUGCUGAUGGUAAGCCACUGAAAGAUAUCCCUGCCAAGCUCUACAAUACCCACUCAUCCAAGAUGCCACCUGUCCCACGUCAAGAGUCAAAGCCUUCAGACUCAGUCCAGCUAUCUAUGGACAGGACUGCCAUAUGUCAUGAUGAAAAUGGCAUUCCCUCUAUUUUCCCAUGUCAGAGCAUCUUACAAAGAUCCCAGCAGAGCAUUAGUGAGCCAAAACUUUCAGAAGUCUUGCCUCAGGCAUAUUCUAAUGUUUACUACCAUGGGAUUGCCAAUAAUCCCCAGAGUUCCACCUCAAGAGCUGUAAAAAUGGCUCUUCCCAUGAAUGCUAAGUCUCAUGAGGCAAUUGCUGGACAGGAAACCAGUACCUUCCUAGUUUUCGGAAGAAAUAAAGAAGAUGAUCCAAACUCUACUGCAAAAAGUAUCCAGACCUUCCAGACUUUUACAUGCGACCCCCAGAUGGUACAUGAAUGUGGAGCUCAAGACAGAGCCCGCAAAAAGAUUGAGACCCGCUGCAACUCACUGGAUUCUGAGCCCUCAGUACAACCUGUAGCAUCAGACAGCGGUGUGAUGUUAGACUGGGGAUUUGAUGAGGAAGGUUGGUUGUUUAAACGGUCUGUGUCUGUGUCAACCAGACCUCCCAUUAAACCAGUGAUGGGCAUGAACGGGGCAAAGGCUCGUAGCCAGAGCUUUGGUGCACGCUAUAUGGACAGGCCAAGCUUCAACAGAUCUGGAAAGGUCCGUACCCAGAUCAAAACACACUCAGGGAGCUCCUUGAACUCUCUCAGUGAUGUCCUUCCAGGAAGUAUGAGUUGCUCCAGUAGCUACCAUUGUCCAAUGAAUCGAUCUCUUUUAAACAACUUCUUGAUUGAAGAGGGCCUGACAGUUCCUGCACAUCUGGGGUCCUCCAGUGAAAGACUUCAAAGUCUUAAACACCAACGAGAACAGGCGAGGCGCCUUCAGAUUGAGCAACAGUUUUCAAGCGCCUUUGGUGAACCAGUUUCUGAAGAACCAGAAAGACAAAGUACUAUAACCACAAUCGAAGAGAAAGUGAUGCUUGGCAUAGAGGAAAACUUGCACAAGUCUCAGGAACAGGAGAGAACUAGUGAAGUGAAGCAAAAAUCUGGCUCAACCUUGGCAAAUUGGUUCGGUUUUCGUAAAAGCAAGCUUCCAGCUCCAAGCACUAAAAAGACUGAUCCAGCAAAAAUAAAAGAGGAGAAAAGAGAGCAAAAGAUUACAUCACUUCUGGGAGGAAAGCAGACAAAGUCUGACAAAAAGAGAGACAGAAGAAAAAGUGAUGGGAAAGACUGCUCUGUUGGGAGAAGGGAGUCUCACGAUGCAGUGCGCGCAUGCAUCUCAAUGCCCUGCCCAGGAAUGUCCCUGAAUGAGAUACAAGGACAUACUGACAUCAUCGGGGACCCAAAGAUGCAGAUGAUGAACCUGAGAGCCGAUGGUGAAAAUGGAUCUACAGUGAAGAACGCCAACCAGGAGGCUGUAAUAGGCUCCGGCUGCAAGAUGCGAACAUUGGACAGUGGAAUUGGGACCAUCCCCCUUCCUGAAUCCUGUUCCUUCUUCUCCUCCAUUCUGCACCUCCUCCCCAAAUCCUCAUCAACCCCAGAACAAUCCUUCAGUCCUCUCAGUGUCCCCGGUUCGUCCAGCGAGGACGUGUCUCCUUCCCCAUUACCCCGGUGGAGAAUCCCCUCCAGCUUUAAGGACAGCAGCCAUGCAGGGGUGCCAAACUCCCUCUCCGACUCCUCCAUGACCCAUAUCCAGUCAGUGCCUUUCCCCACUGUGGCCUUCCUCCAGCCCAUCCAACCCCAGUCUGAACCCAUUGUGACCUCUGCCAGUUUGUGUGAUACCCAGAGCAGGCUACCCAGACCACCACCAGGUGGAAUGGAACCAAAGAAGUUGACCUAUAUCAAGUCGAAAACAAGAGCCACUCCUAGCCAACAGAAAGAGCAGACAAGACUUCAGCUUGCCAACUAGUUUACCAAACUAACUGAGUCAACCUGAAGCAAAGAAUCAAGCAAUCAGUUGAAUUUAUCACUCUACCACACAUGGAGGAUCCCAAAAUCCCACAGUCUGGACACAGUGUCUCUGUAUCAGGAUGAAACGCUUAGAGCUGGACAACAAGUGAGCUUGGCAUUGCUGGCUUCCACCUGUGCUCAGUGGAGUGUUGAGAUACUGAGUAGCCUUUGAGGUGCAGUAAUGAACCUUCUGGCAGCCAUGUUGGUGGUCUGCAGCUCACUGGCAUCAGCUGUGAGCAGCUGAUUGAAUUUCUAAAUGUACAUCUCUGCUGUCUCAUAGGACUGGAGGUAAACAGACAUACUUUUUUCUGUUGUUUUUUUAACCCAUUCUUACUCCAUAAUUGUCAAAUACCAAUGCUUGGUCAGUGAUCCUCGGCAUCUGAUACUGACUCACAAAGGCACCUGAAGGGCUCUGAGCAUAUGAGAUCGCACCAAGACGCAUCAUUAUUUGAUGCUCUAAAGAAGUAAUGUAAUAAAGGGUGAGAGGACUUUCACCCAGAAGACUGUUGUUUGUGUCCCAUGUGGAACCAAAAGUCAAUGCAGACUCACUAAAAAGUCAUGAUACAUCAACUUCAUAACUUAUUUUAAAACUAAGCCAUGAUCUUUUUUCUAAACCUAACCAAGCAUUUUGUUGCCUAAACCUAAAAAGGAAGUAAAUCUUCAUUAGUUGAGGUUUAUUUUGAAAAGAAACUGUAUGCAUGUACCAAGCAAAAACUGACACGAGUCCCCUGAACAUCCAAAACUGACGCUACAGGGAUACACAGAGCAUCAUUUUGACACCUAGUAUCAAUGACCAAGCCUCUGCAUUUGAGAAGGUUGGAGUGAGAAUGUGUUUGGGGUUUUUUUUUUCCUCAAUUUUACAAAAACUGAGUCACAGAUGUUUGUUUGUAUAAUAUUAGGUUAGCUAUUGUAAUACUUUCAUGGCUACCUGUGAUCAUCACCGUCUUAGCUGACACAAGCUAACACAUUUAGACCUGGUUAAAGCUAAUGUUGGUGGCCAGCAGCUGCAUUUUUACAUUGCAAUGACAUGACCACAAUUGUCCACCACAACAAAGGGCAAAAGGACAAAAAUAGGAAGACCAUUUCUGGCAAUGCAAUAACCUCAAUGCUUCAAAACAAAAAUCACUAAUCAGAAAAUUAACUAUAUAUCUGUAAGUUAUUAAACCUCUACCGCAGCUCACAACCACCAUCAUUAAAUACAUAUUUCUCACAUUACAACUCAAAAACCAUGUAAUGAGUUGUCUACAGUCUACCACUGUGCCGCAGAAACGAAUGAGCGUAAUCACAAAUAAACUUAUCACAGUAAAGCAAACAUAUGGAUAGGAUUGCCAGUACUAUGUGGACACUAUCAAGGAUUUGUCUACUCUUCUAUAACCUACACAUGGAAAGACGUUAGAGCAAAGUAUUUUAUCUGCUUUUGUAACCUGGUGUAACCUAUUAAGUUCACUUACUAUGGCUCAAAACAAAUACAAUAACUGACUGACGCUGUGUUUUAAAUAGCUUACUGACAUACUAUUCAUACGGAGGUUGACACAUUUUGAGUAUGUACUGUGUCUGGCUUGCACAAUAUUGGGAUUUGGUGAAUGCAAGACAUGCCUGGAUGCAUGCUAGAUUAGCAAGAAUUAGCUAGAUUAGCAUUCUCAGCCGCCCCAAAAUUCAUGAUGGUUCUUAAGAAUGUCCAAUUUUUUCAACUGCAAGGUAGGUGCUUUAAAUCAUUGCCUAUGGUAAUAAUUAGUGAUGGUAAGGUACAGUAAUGAGGAAAAGUAAGGGAGCGCAAAUAAUACAUUGUAGAAAAGGCUAUCAUUUUAAUUUGCCUUAAACUUAUACUGGAAACAUAUUAAAUUGAAUAGAAAAGUAAUGUUGAUUUACAUUUGAGAUAAACUUAAUGAUAAAUUAGAUUUUCAUUCAAACAGUAGCUCGGACUGGUAACAUUCAGUUCAGUUCAUUUUAAUUUUAGCCCAAUAUCACAAAUCACUGUUUGCAACAGAGGGCUUUACAACAAACAACAUCCACCUGUCUUGGACCCUCACAGUGGUUACAGAGAACCCCCCCCCCCAAAAAAAAACUGUUUAAUGGGGAAAAAAUGGUCCACCAUCCAGACGCAACCCUGGGUCAUGGGAACCUGCAACAUGUAUCAAUGAGACAUGAAUGUUUGCAAAUGGACAGAGAGAGAUUGGGAGAUAACAGCACAGAGUAUCACAAGAGGUUAACUAUUAGCUUUAUCAAAGAGGAUCACAUUGUGAGCUAUACAGUCACGAUGCCAAGAUGACAAAUUGCCUCAGUGUGAACAGUUUGCUGGUGAUGGCAUACUUAAUCAUUAAUUUAGUAGGCAGUAUGCAGUACAUACUGAUUGAGUAUAUAGUAUGUUUGUAUGCAAUUUUAAACACAGCCACAACAUACUGUCGCCUUUUAAAGAUGUUAUAGCAAAUGUAGCACACUUCACCUACUUUCAUAUCCAGCAGAUACAAAGUAACAUCAUUUUAAUUUUUUCUGACUACUUUAAUAUUCAUUGUGCAAUAUACUUGUUUAAUCUCUUUUUAAGUCUCCACCAACUCUAAAGAGUUUUGGCUCCUUAGAUUGCUCGCUGUUUGACUACAUGAACUAACUACUUCGUAAAGGUGUCAUUUGGUUAACAUCAGUUAGCACUGAGUGGGUUUAGCUGACUGCACAACCUGUACAACCAAAACAAUGAGCCAGGAGAUGGUGGUUUCUUCCAUUUUCAAAACAUACUGAUGCAGGUUUAAACAUUUAAAUAAUUUUGCACAAGCACAAGUUUACCACCAGACCUCCAUAAUGACACCAGCUGUGGUCACUAGUGUAUGUCAAGAUGUAAUUCUGCUUCAGAUCUAAUAAAUAUUGAAGCUGCGAUACAUAUGUCAGUCAUUUAUUUUUCAGAUGGAACACUAUGAACUUAUGACUUCCAUCCUGAAAACAUUUUAUGUACAGCACUAACUACUGAUUGCCAUUCAUGAGCUCUAUACCUGACUGAGUAAUGUGAUUCUUUAAAGUGUGCACUAUCCUGUUGGAAACUUUUUUUUUAUUGUCACUAUGUUAAAAUCAACUUGCAUGCAACCACCCUCUGGCUUAUUAUAACCACAGAAAUGCAUAAGUCUGAUAUCCAUCAUAUGAAGAGUUUCAUCACAAGAUGAGAAAAUGUAUGUGACACAUGAUCUGCACUGCACCGUAUCUAUGACAUAAUCUGUCAGCACUUACAGGGGGAUAACUUUUGUGUUUUUCAGCCCAUAACCUAUCUUUCCAUGCUUUUGUGUCUAAGUGACUGAUGACAGCAAUAUCUGAUAUUGGUUUACUAUUGAGAGCCAGACAAUGCCUGUGAUGUAACCAGAUGAUGCAAUUGUGCACCGUCACUAAUGGCUAAUUUUUGCAUACAGGCUCAGAUUGUCAUUAUAAGUGUCUGAAGUGUAUCUUUACCUUUUACUUCAGUCAGUCCAUUUUUUGUGUCCAACUGUCACUCAGGGAGUAGUCUUGUUCUGAAAUCUCAUGAGACAUAUACUACAGAGUAUAUGUAAGUGUGAAAUACAGCUACACACCUCUUGAAUAUAACCUUCUCCCAGCCAUGAAACUCCUUGUUAACUCAUCAUAAAACACACUUCAUUCAAACUUGACAGAAACAAAAUAAAACUCACCCAGUCUUGAUUACUAUUGUUAGUGCUAGUUCGUAAAUCCACUGUUCCAAAAAUAACCAGAUCUGGUUUGGUUGGAAUAAAUCCUUAAUUCACCAAGUUAGAUGUAAAAAAAAAAUCAAAAACAUGCUGGUAUUCCCCACAGUCUAUUGCUGCCUACGGGCCACCAGCUGUUUACAGACCUGUAACUUCUCCCUCCACCACUAGGUGUCACAGUGUCUUUCAGCUCAGCUGCUUG